CGCAUUAUCAGCCUGCCAGCGAAACCCCAAUUCUCAGACAACAGUCAACACCUUAGCCAUCCCCCCUCUUUCACAGCCAGCUUCGACCUCACCCACGCUCUUCCACACUACCACAACCCCCCUUCAUUAAGCAACACCACACUUUCCGCCGCCAUGGACCAGAUCAAGAAGCGCAUGGAGGCUCUCCGCGUCGAGGCCGAUGAGAGCGGUGCCCGUGCCGAGGAGUACAAGGCCAAGGUCAAGCAGCUCGAGGGCGAGACGACACAGAAGGAGCAGGAGAUCACUUCGCUCUCACACAAGAACUCGGUCCUCGAGAGCGAGGUCGAGAAGCUCGAAGCGCAAGUCAAGCAAUUCAAGGACGAGGCCGGUGCAGGCGCUCAGGCUGGUACCCAGGCCGAGAGCCUGCAGCGCAAGAUCCAGGUGCUUGAGGAAGAGGCUGAGGAGUCUGACAGGACCAUCCGCGAGCUCAACGAGAAGCUCCGCCAAACCGACGUCAAGUCCGGCCACUACGAACGCAAAGUCCAGGCUCUCGAGCAGUCCCGAGACCAGUGGGAAACCAAGUACGAGGAGAUGGCCAAGAAAUACGCCGACACCAAGAAGGAGCUCGAUGACUUUGUCAAGGAGAUCGGUAACAUCUGAUCUUCCUGCCUGCAUCUCUCCUCUGCGGUUGUUGACUAUUGCCAGUGGAGUAUCCUGUCUGAAGCAUCAAAUCUCCAGUUUCUUCGAGCCAUACCGAGACGAGCGUGCGACCGUGCGACCGUGCGGAUCUACGAGGCUUGUGGUGGAGACGGACAGGAGGCAGAAUCACCCCCUUUUCCCCUAUUGCAUAUACUGGUUCGUCUUCUGUAGCCGCUGAUGGGCUUGUACAAUGUUGAUGUGUCCUGAGGGAGCAACACUGCUGGCGGUCUGCACAAUCACACCCUUUCUACGUUCACCGCCACUUUCGUAUGCUCUGCUUGUAAUGUGUGCUCUGAGAUUGCAUGUUGAAUA